AUGCCUUCUAAAGACUGUGCUUGUAAAGGGAUUCGUACUUGCUUACUUUGCGAGGAUACCAUUAAAAGGGACAAUCAGUCGGUAAAAGUCCCUUUGGUGGAGUUCAUAUACUGCUGGAAAUGCGGUAAUAAAGCAUUUUUAUCAUCAGAAUUUGAAGCUCACUUUCUUAAUCAUGAAACGUCAAAUAGUGCCAUCAAAGAUGAUGAGGGCACAGUGCUAUCAAUUGAUGGUGUUUACCUCCAAGAAGAGGUACUGACUAAAGAGGAAGAAAGUCAUCUGAUCAGCAGCAUCGACUCAUUUGGCUGGAACGACUCACAGUCAGGUCGGCGGAAACAAGACUUUGGCCCAAAGAUUAAUUUUAAAAAGAAAAAGAUUAACUUUACCUCAUUUUAUGGCCUGCCGCAGCUUGACAUGAAGCUACUGGAGAGGAUCAAGAAAGAAAGACUACGAGACGAUGCAAAUUGCACAAAGUUUAGCACCAUCAGUAGCGACGUUCUUGAGAAGGACACUUCUGCGAGUGUUUUGUGCAAUUUUAAAACCGUCGAAGUUUGCCAUCUUGAAUAUUGCCCUGAACGUGGUUCCUCCAUUGACCCUCACUUUGACGAUUUUUGGAUCUGGGGAGAGCGUCUGGUGACGCUCAAUCUGCUUUCCUCAACUGUGAUCACACUGACGAUAGCUGAAGCAGAGCGGAAACUAGCCCAGCUAAACUACUGCAUACGCAUCAGCUUACCGCCUCGGUCACUGCUGGUACUGUACGGCGACGCCCGCCACCGCUAUGAGCACUCCAUUCGCCGGGCGGACAUUACCGACCGCCGUCUGGCGAUUACCUACCGUGAGCUGCCGGCCACCUUUCUCGACCCAACAUCAGACGACUAUCAGCGCAUUGGAAAGGAGUUUAUUAGCAGAGCAGAAGUGCUGCUCAUUGAACCACAAAGACCUCAAUAA